AUGGGAAUGUUUGAUAUAAUCGAUAAAUCUAGAACCUCUUAUAUAAAGCAAAAAAUUAAUCCAUAGUAAAAUCUGCAUUCGAAAGGAGAUUAUUAUCAAGAAACUAAAUAUCCAUAGAAACUAUAGCCUAAUGACGAUUAUCAAUAAAUGUCUAAUAUUAAACUAGAUCCGAAUGGACGAAAAGUCACUUUCAACUAAACUUUGUAAAGAAUUGAGAAGAUACUUUUUGAUUAGCCAUACCACUCAGAUCUCUUGAAAAUGAAUAAUCGAUUCAAUUAGCAAGCAUUAGGAAGUGAAAUUCCUAAAACCAAUACUAAUGGCAUGUAUCGAAGAUCUUAUACUCCUUGGUGGGCAGUAGGACUAACCUCAGUAAUCAUAGCUAUCUUUGUUUUUUUCCUAUUUUGGCUCUUCAAGAAUUUUGUGACAUCUUUUUCUAAUAAUCCCUUUGAGUAUCAUCAAAAGAAACUUGAAAACUGUCAUGAAGAAGAUGAGUUUCCCAGUGAUGGAAGCCUCGUGACUAUUAGUAACAAAAACAUGUUUGAAAAUGACUCAUAUAAAAAUAGCAUUGUUUCUCAACCAACUGUCAGUAAUAUUGCACUAUCUAAUGAGGGCCUUGAUAUUUGCGCAGGUGGAAAGAGUUUAUUUGAUUUCUCUAAUCUGCCUAAGUCACUUUAGCAGAGUUAAACAGCUGAUCAACUCAGAUAAGAAAACUAGAGAAGAAGAGCAAACCAUAAGAAAAUAUAGUAAAAGCUAAUAAAAUAGUCAGAUCAUGAAGACAGAAUAAAUGAUGGAUAAAAUAAAGACUUUGAGUAUAGCAAUCAUAGUACAAUUAAUGAAUUGCACAAUAAUAACAGAGAUUACUUCUUAUCAUUUGGUGAUAAGUAAUUUGAAAGUAUGUUGAACUAUUAGCCACAAAAUGAAUCAAAGAUCAGCGAUGAAAUGAAUUAGAAUCCGGUAAAAGGCAAUCUAAUAGCCUAAUAAUAGGAUAAUGUUACCUUCCAACAUUAUAAUAGUAGUAAAUUCGCAAGUAAUUAGCAGUGUGCUUAGGAUCAAAAUAACUAUUUUAAGAGUGGCACAUGCGGAAUGGCUGAUUUCAAUUCCAAGGAUUAAGAACCAAGACAUCAACUAUUACUUAAAACGUAUGAAUGCAAGCAUAAAUAAGAACUGAUGUCUUCUUAGACUUCUUCAAUCUAAGACUAUCUGAUAUAAGAAUAAAUGAAGAAUGCUGAUAAAUAAUAACUAGUUAAUCUGCUUAUGACUUAAGAAAGCAGUAAACUCUAAAACCUAAAAUAGAUGCUAGAAGAAAUCGAAUAAUAGAAUAUCAGUUCAGAUUACUCACUAUAAAAUAACGAAAAGGGCUGUUUCAGUUCUGAAGAGGACACUGAUGUUAAGAACUUUAUUUUAAAGGAUGAUUCAAGACAGAUGAGAUAGAUAACUUUGGACCACAACUCAAAUCAAGAUCACCAAUAUUUUAAGAACUAAACUUUAUCAAGUAAUUAGCCAAUUUUCAAAACUCAGAUGUCUGUUCCAAAGAUUCAAAUAACCUUGACGCUAGAUGGCUAAUAGAGUUAAAGGAGAUUGAGUAAUUAACAUGCAAAGGAAAACAUACCCUAUGAGAGCAAUUAAAGCACAAAUAUUAGCUAGACAAAUACCAUAUACUCAUAGAGAGCGAGAAAUCAUAAUGCUCAUAUUAAACCUAAACAAAUUCAAUCAAUGAAGAAGAGUCCUUUACAGAGUAAUAAUACUACAAGUUCUCGAUAAUUAUUAACAUAGAGAGCGAUGACUCCAUCAAUGUCAAAUUUUCAAAAUUAUAAUCAGACUAGCGUGAGAAGUCUUGAUAAAAGCCCUAGUUUCGCUAAAUAAUCCCAAAGAAAUAGCUCUAAUGAGGGUAGAAGCUGCAGUAUUAUCUAAACUAGUAAAAAUCAAUAAGUAAAGCAGAUAAGUCUCCCGUACAAUCUCAAGUCAAUUUAAACCUCGAGAGUCACCAAUCAACAGAAGCCUAACUCAAUCAUCUAGGUAAACUCUAAAAGUAAAACUCCUCAACGCAAAAACAUCAAAACAUAGAUAAGCAAGUAUUAAAACUCAAAUACAUUGAAUGUUCAUAAGUAAGCUACAAAAUAUGGGAGUAAAACAGGCCAGAAAACACCUAAAAGUAGCAAGAAAUAAUCUGAGAAUAAGGAUGACUCGCUGCUUAAUCUUAAUGUGUAAUAUGUUAAAGAUAUAGAUGAAUUAGUUGGAACUAAUUUAAAUAAUCGCCUUAAGGAUACAAAGAUUUCUAAUAACUAUUCACUGUCUAUGGUAGGUGAUGUAACUAAUAAUACUUCAUUAGUAUUCAAUAACCUGAAACUUGAAAAAGUGCAGGGCUCAUGUCUUCCAAGUAGUCAUGCAUUCUCCCCUUUUAAUGAUCAGAAUAGAUACCUAAGUGAGGAAGGCAUUGAAGAUUCCUUCGAAGAAAAAAACUUUAUUUCGAGUUGUAAUACACAGGUAUUAGAAAAGAAUCAUCUUCUGCCUUAGUAUAGAAAUUCCUAAGUUAUACAUCUUAAGUAGAAAAUAGACCAGUCAAUAAAUCAACUAAAUUCCAAAAUUAAAGAUGAAAAUAAUACAAAUCUCCCAGCUAAUAACUUCAAUUAGGAUAGUAUUCUGACUAGCUAGAUAUUUGAUCAGAAUAUUGCAGGGACUGAUUCAGUAAGAUGUAGUUAACUCAGUUGGUAGUAAUUGAUAUUAUAGCCUCAUAGUAAAUCUAUCACACCCUAGAGAAAAGGCAUAAAAGCUUAAAAUUUUGAAUAAUACCUCUCAGGGUAAGAUGCAUUAUAGAAAUUUGCUUUCUCAUUAAUGAUAGUCAAGGAAAUGACUAAGAAGCAUCCAUACCUGAUUAAUACUGUUGAUAGAUUCCUUAAAAAUCAUUGA